AAAAUUUUCCCAUUUGCCAAACAGAAGCCGUAAAAUCCUCUAACCCCACGGCGAAAAGAGCACACGAUAUCGAAUUCGAGUGAAAAUCCAAAAUCACACACCACCGACAUUCCCGUUACUCUCUGAUUUAGGUGAACAAACCUUUUCAAAAAGCUUCAAUUCCGCUCAACUUCCACAGUCCCACCCACCAACCCUAAUCACUCCUCCCACCCCUUUAUAUACUACAAUCUGCCGCCAAUUCCUAAAUCCUAGCACUCAAAAAUGGCGAGCAAGGACGAGCGCGCGGGAGCGGAGAUCGUGCACGGCGCGGAGGAGUGUUACCGGAAGUCGGCGGAGCUUCUGGAGGAGCUGGGGUUCCCGACGGGGGUUCUGCCAUUGAAGGACCUGGAGGAGUGCGGGAGGGUGAGGGAGACGGGGUUCGUGUGGAUGAAGCAGAGGGCGCCGUACGAGCACUACUUCGAGAAGUCGAAGACGCGUGUGAGUUACGCGACGGAGGUGACGGCGUACGUGGAGAGGCGACGGAUGAAGAGGAUGACGGGGGUGAAGAGCAAGCAGGUGUUCCUUUGGGUCCCGAUAUCGGAGAUGAGCAUCGAGGAUCCCGCCGGGAAGAGGAUCACGUUCAGGACGCCCAUGGGGAUCGGGAAGUCGUUUCCGGUGACGGCGUUUAUGACGGCGGAGGAGGAGGAGAAGUACUUGGAGGAGAAGAAGAAGAAGGAGGAAGAGGAGAAGGAGAAGGAGAAGGAGGAGGCAAACGACAAUACUGAAUCAAAGAAUUGAAAUGGAGGUGCUUUGUAUGUGUGUGUGCGCGCGCGCGCGCGCGUCUCUGUGUAUGUGUUUGGAUUGGUCAUUGGAUCGUUCAUUGCUUAUGAAUAAAUGGAAUUUUUAUGAAUAAAUGGAAUUUUUAUAAAUGUACAUCUAUGGAGAUUGUUGGUUUUAAGUUUAUUGGAUUGAUGUGUUUUUCAAAACAUUGGUCUAUUUGAAAUUCAGUAUUGGGGUAAAUUGGAGUUCAUUGGU